AUGGAAGAGGAUGAUAAGAACGCGGCAGCAGCAAACAUGAUCGGUACUUCCGCUACCGAUCAUCAGAAAGAAGAAGAUGAUGAUUAUGAUGAUGAUGAUGAUGAUGUACUUCCGAAAACACCAUUGGAUUCUUCACCCAACAUAACACCAAAGAAGAGCAAGGAGGGACCUUCAGCAAUGAAUAAUUCAUCAGCAUUUCCAUUGCAAUUGCCAUUGGAAUCUUCUCCCGACGUAACACCAAAGAAGAGAAAGGAGGGACCUUCUCUAACAUCUUCUGCAGACACUCCAACCAAGAGGAGAAGAGGACGCCCUCCAGGUUCCGGUUCCGGAUCAAAGAAGAGAAAAGAAGAACCAUCAGAAACAAGUUCUGGUAUCAGUGAUGAAAAAUUCAGCCCUCAUGUGAUUGUGUUGAGAGACGGCCAGGAUGUGGUAGAAGUUCUAUACAAUAUAUCCGUGGCAAAUUAUCCUAAAAUUGUUACCGUAUUUUCUGCGUCCGGUUCUGUAUCAGAAAUUACCGCUCUUACUCCGAAUGGUCCCAGGCACCGCAAGGGAGCAUUUCAGAUUCUUUUUCUGUCUAUAAGAUCUCUGGUUGGUGAUAAUGGUCGUCACUGUCGUGAAAAGGCAAUGUGCACCGUUACAUGCACAGAUGAUCAGGGAAAUCUGUUUGCAAAUACUUGUGUCAAUUCCCUCAUAGCGGCUGGCCGUGUUGACAUUAUCGCGGCCAUAUCCAUGGUAGAAACCACUAAGAGAACAGGUGCAAGAAUGGUGGAGUUUGCUGCUGCUCCUCAAAAUAAUGAAGUAACUCCUAUAGCAGCCAUCCCUCUUCAAAUGAUUAAAGAAAACUCGGAUCCAGCCAAAGAAGAAGGUUGUACAUCAGGUUUUUUACAAACAACUCCAACAGUGGGAGAUGGAAACAUAAUAAAUGCGACAUCAGCAACAACUAGUGCUUCGAAUGAUCAGGACUUGAAGUCUCCUUCUGUUGGGGACACUUGCCAGGACAUGAAAUCUCGUUCUGUUGGGGACACUUGA